AGAAUCAGCUGUUCCUGUUGCCAGGUAGGUAGGUAGUAGGUAGUCUGCUGAGCGGGUGCACGCGUGCUGCUAGUUCAGCUGGUAUAUGGUAAUGGUAACUCGCGAAACUGGUGAACUGAAGUUCAAUCUUGUUUUUGUUGAUUUCUAACCUUUCGAAACCAAGGUCUACGAGAUUUGAGAAAUGUAGCUAGUUAUCGAACGUAAACUCGCACAAUCUCUCGCUUCGUCGUCAGUGCAGUGCUGGAAUUAAAGCCGAUAAGUUAUCAGUGGAAUUUGCGAAGUGAAAGGAAAAGACUAUUAGUGAUUAUAACUUUUCGCGCAACAUGUCUUCGAUAACCGAAGAUAUUUGCGAGCUAUUGGACAGCUACAAUGGUAGAGACAAGGUAGUCCGUCUAGCCUGCUAUGCGUUCAAGCUGUACGGCUGCAUUAAGGACGAGAAGCCAUGGCAGACGGCAGGCUCCCGGCUCUCCAACGCCAGGCUCAUGUUGAGGUUAUUUGAUGACAUUCCCAUGAUCAGACACACAUACAACUAUGGCUUGGGAAGACAUGAAUCUUCAAAAACAUCUGCCAUUCUUGGUGUCCUGGCAAAUGCAGUGGACCAGUUCUUCUUGCCCAUCGAGAAAGCAUGCUGGCUGUAUGAAGUCGGGGUCCUGAAGUUGAACCCCGACACGGCUGAGAAGUUGGACACUGUCAGUACGGGUCUUUGGGCUGCUAGUCUUUAUAUUUCUCUAUUACAAACUAUGCGUUCAAUCAGGCAUCUUUGGUGGAGCAGGGAUUGCCUGCAAACCAGUUCGGAAGGCGGUGGCGCAGACGCCAGACGAAACUUGGACGUGAGACUAGUGUUGCAGCUAGUGACUGUCACCAAACAGUGUCUGGACAUCACCCACGCCGUCAGCUGCCUCCCCUCCGGCUGCCUUUGGGGGGAGAGGAUAGGAGGAACGAAAGUUGCAGCAAUCGCAACUACAUCUUCAGUUAUAGGCAUCGCAUUGUUUUUUGCUAAGAAACGGUUGCUCAAAUAGUUUAAAAUAAGUAUAAUUGGGUUGUGAGAUGGACAGACACAGUGUGUUAAUAACGGUGAUAUCCCACUUAUCAAGUUCUUUGUUCUAUAUUGUUGCUACCUCCUUCAUGUUGAGUAACAUUAGCAAUAAUAUUGGACACAAAAUUGGAUGACUACCCUAAGUAUGAUUCUCAUGUUGAGCUCAUACGGAACACUUAACAAUGCGGUAACAUGUAGUCUAUUUUCUUAUAAAAACGUUGAAGGUUAAGGUGGAUGCAGUAUAUGAAAUAAGCUAAUACGUGGCAAUAUGUGGAACUAUCGAUAUAUCGGCCACGUUGUUGUAGUCCUUAUGAAUGUGGUGGUGGGUGUCCAUACAAUCACCAACAUACAUGACAACAAGUGAGGUGAAGGACAAAUAUAUAAAUACAUAUAUAUAUGUAUAUACCUGGUUGUGUAAUUGUGAGACUAGAUUUUUUGUCCAUGUUUCUCGUGAGCCUUUUUCCGGUUUCUUCCUCAGUCGAUGACCGUCGGAGCCCUGGGUCCACUAGAUAUUUUUGUCAAUACUACAGUAUUUUUACGGUGGUGAAUGGAGGUUUCACUUUUUAUUGCAUUUAGCUAAACAAAUAAUGAGAAUUACAUAGAUAAUGUAAACCUUGUGAAGGUUUUGCUUUGUUGUUGAGAUUGAAACAGAUAUUUUUUCUUAAGUAUUCUAAAUUUAUUGUGUAAGUUUUUAUUUACUACACAAAGAAUUCUUCCAAGUAUAACUUUAAAUUUAUUUGUAAAUAUUUUUUUGAAAGAGACCUGAGAAUAAGAUUGUACAUACAAAAUGUCUGAUAUUGACGAUACAAAUUUUAUGUAUUUUUUUAAAAUAUUUAUUGUGAAAUAUAAAUAUUUUUAUAAGCAAAA